AAGAGUACACAAACGUUUUCUCAUCCUUAAAAACAGUUUUAUAAUAAUACUCUUACCACAUCAAAACAGGCAAACAACAUAAAGAUCACAGAAGCUUCUGGAUACAACACUUAGCAAAAUAUCUCACACAAUUAUUCAAUCCCAGCCGUUCAUCCCCUAAUUCACUCUAAUCUAAGCCGUAGAAAAAAAAACAUUGGGUUAAUUGUGUAUUAAUGGAAGGCCGGUUUCUGGAGAGUUCUUUCUUGAACCUUAGCGUUAAGGGAGAAUUGUUCUUCUCUCUUCACACCUGCUCUUCUCUCUCCUCUUCCCAAUAAUGCUAAGGUUCCGUGUCUUCAAUAAAGAUAUUUUCUUUUUAUAUUUUUAAAAUCUUGAAAAUAAAUUCAAUUGCUUUUUUGUAUUAAAUUAAAGGGGUUUGUUUAGAUUGGAUUUUGCUUUGUUGUUGUAGAAGGGUGAGUUUUUGUAUUUAAUUCGUCGACAAGACAGGAAGAAUGGCUGGUGAAGAAGACAAAAGCAGUGAUUUUUAUGCAGUAUUGGGUUUGAAGAAGGAGUGCACUGAAACAGAGCUUAGGAAUGCUUACAAGAAGCUUGCUAUGAAAUGGCACCCAGAUCGGUGCUCAGCAUCGGGGAAUUCGAAGUUUGUGGAGGAGUCAAAGAAGAAAUUUCAGGUCAUUCAAGAAGCAUAUUCCGUGCUGUCGGAUGCCAACAAAAGGUUUCUGUACGAUGUAGGAGUUUAUGACUCUGGUGAUGAUGAUGACGAAAAUGGCAUGGGUGACUUCCUAAAUGAAAUGGCAGCUAUGAUGAGCCAAAAUAAGUCCAAUGAAAAUCAGGGAGAAACCUUUGAGGAAUUGCAGGAUAUGUUUGACGAAAUGUUCCAUAGUGAUGUGGGGACGUUUUCUUCCUCUCGGACUGGAACUCCUUCGAUGUGUUCUACUUCUACUUCGUCGUCUACAUCUCCCAGCGACACCUUUUUUGCCUUCUCCAACAAAAGAAGUUCAGCGGAUAUGAACUCGGAUAGUAGCGUAAAAGGCGAUUCUUGUCAAUUCCAAGGAUUUUGUGUAGGGACAGGUGGAACAUCUGGAAAAUGCAACGGAAGAGAAAGGAGUUGGAGGAAGAGCUCCAAGAGUGGACGCAAGUAAUAGGUGGGACGCUAAAAGGCAAAAGGUUCUAUCAUGAUUUCGAUGAUUAUUUUUAUCCAAAGGAUAGAUAGGGAACAUCAAUUGACUAGUUCUUUUUGUGGUGGCUACUGUUGUUAUUUAGGAAAAGAUUUGUUGGAAGCUUUCUUUUGAAGGAAAGUAUGAUGUUUAACCAAGUAAAAAUUAGUUCCAGUAGAGAGAUGUGUCGUCCUGUUGCAAGAACUACUUGUGUUGUUGAUAUGAUUGCUCUGCCCAUUGUAACAGAAAGUACCGCCGGAUUGCCUUUGAACAGUUGAAAAUCAAGUCAUGAUAAUGAAAUAAGCAGGCAAGUUGGUCAUUGAAUCAAA